GAGAAUUGAGCCAUUUUUCAAAUUCUCUCUAUUGCAUCUAACUUAAUUAAUGGUAAGUCUCAAGCUUCUUCUCUUUUCCAAGGUCAAUCAGCUCCUGGAUAUGUCCCUUAGCAGUUUUGUGAGCGUUGGAACCUCUAAUGAUAUACCCGUACCCAUGGACAACUUCCAAUACGAAUGGGACUUCAUCAUAAGUGAUUGCUCCAGAUUGGGUUCUAUCUCUGCUAGUGUCGUAUUCAAUAGCGUCCAAAACUCUUGAGUAUCCUUGCUUGGAUACAUUGACCUCAGUAUAGAGCACAUCGUCUCCAUAAUAAGAAACAGCAUUAUUAAUGACAGAGUUUUUCAGAUCUUGGUCGUCUCUUGUGUUGGAGUAGAAAUAAAUAAUAUAUACAUUCCAGUUUCCCUCUCUCAAGUUCUUCAACACAGUGUCUGGGUGGCUGUGGAAAAGAGUGCUGUAUCCAAAAGCUGAGUUCAAGAAAAGCAAUGAUAGGCACAAAAUAACGAUGGCUUUCAUAUUUGUGAAUUAUUUUUAUAUAUUU